AUGGAAAAUGUUAUAGCCAGCACCGCUGUAGUCGAUAGCACCGAUACAGUCGAUAGCACCGCUACAGUCGAUAGUGCUGUUGCAGUCGAUAGUGCUGUUGCAGUCGAUAGUGCUGUUACAGUCGAUAGUGUUGUUCAGCUCAAAACACCGGAAUCAUUUACAUUUUUCCCCAUGUUAGAACCAAAGCUGCGCAAUAUUAUAUGGAAGUUCGCCGCCAGCGAACCGAGAGUGGUAGAGGUGGAAAAGCAGGCCGUGGCCAUACCCGGUCUCAUAUUUGGCCAGGAUUAUCACCACGCCACCGGUUGGACGCUCAGCUCAUAUACACUAGUACCGGGAAUCAUGCACGCGUGUAUGGAAUCACGAGCUAUUGGGUUGAAGGUGUAUGAGCGGUUGCCAUCAGCCAACAGGAACUUCUUCAACGACACAUUCAUCAACUGGGGGAACGAUAUAGCCAUGUUCGACGAGAUCUCCACCGUCUGUGGCUGCGAGUUUAGCGCAAGGGGAGAGAACCCGAUCGGUGAUAAAUGCCAAAGGAUCGGUAUUGGACUUAGGAUCUUUAAGCGUGGUACCUCAAUGUCAUUUCUAAAAUCCGUGUUGGAGAGGAACGUUCACUUCCCCAACAUUAAAGAGAUCACUUUCGUUCCGCGGAGUAAUCUCUCGUAUCGGGCAAUGAACGGAAAUAUUACACUUUAUGAUGACGAGAAAAUUGUCCUACCGCCUACUGAUGGAUUUAAAAUCAGGAUCUUUAGGAAAGCUGCGAAAGGGGAUGGGCGCAUGCGCCUGAUAUGUUGA